AUGACGCGAACGGGGCCUGCCAUUAGCACCACGUCCUGGGAGACGAAAAGUAUUGCUGCGACGGACGAUGGCCACCGAAUGGACUCCGUCGGCCACGACCCCCGCCCCCGAGGGCGGAUCCGCCGCUCGAUGACGGCGUGCAAUACAUGCCGCAAGCUGAAAACCCGGUGCGAUGUGGAUCCCCGGGGGCAUGCUUGUCGCCGCUGUCUUUCUCUGAGAGUGCCGAGCCCUGCAUACCGACCCCGACCCCGACCCCGACCCCGACCCACCAUACAUCAUGGGGAUCUACAAGCUGACCCAAUGCUUAUCAGACUCGAUUGUGAAUUGCCAGAAACACAGGAUCGAUUUCAGGAUAAUGCGUCGACCUGGUCGGAUGCGAACAUGACCAUUCCUUCCAUUGAAGAGCGACUGGUCUCCCUGGAACGCGGCAUGGGCGAGAUGAUCCAUCUGAUGCGUCAGAUGGUCAACCAGCCAUCUACCAUUUCCGACAGCCCGCACUCCCAGGCUGGGCGAAGUGUGGAUGAGGCACAUCUGGAUAAAUGGUCGCCAUCAUUCACUCUAAAACCGGUUCAGUUCAUCCGGGAUCUGCAAAUUGAAUACUUCCGAGACCAGUUUUCUUCCGAAGCAGACCUCUUGGGCGACGUUGUUUCCCAGGGAAUUAUAGAUGCGAAGCUUUCUCUGAAACUGAUCGAACUCUUCGGGGAAUAUUAUAGUCCUUGGGUCUCUCUUGAUCUCUCUUCCAGCAUCCAGAGAUCAGAUACCCUCCUUUUCAAUACGGCUUGCCUGCUGGCUUCUCGAUAUCUGCCAGGCAUGCCCGCCAAUACGAUUCAUGAGAUCUCACUUCAAGUGCAGCAUGGUGUCACCAAGACCCUCUGGAGAAGGUCUCCAUUGACAAUUGACUUGCUUCAAGCAUUAGCAUUGCUCUGUCUCUACCCUACUUCGGGGCAUAAAGAGGGAUUCAUGGAUGGCUGGUUACUGAGCGGGAUCUCAAUCAACCAUGCCUUAAUUUCUUUCCGUCUAUUCAAUAAUUUACCUAACAAAAAUGUUGUGACCGAUGAGACGCUCUGUCAGAUGCGUCUCUGGAAUACCUUCUGCCUCACACAUCUGCACUCUGCUCUCGGUUACGGCCGUGCCGUGAAUGUUCAGCAGCACCAUCUUGACUACUGUGCCUGGAUCCUAGAGCACCCCAGAGCCACUUCGGAGGAUGGGAGAAUUGUCGCAGAAAUCAAACUAUACCGUAUUGCUCUCAAGAUUCAGAGCAAUCUUCAGCGUCUCCGCUUCGCCGAGGGUGACACCUGGUUCUGCCAGUUGCUUCUCCACAGAACUGCCGCGCGGCUUCAACCGGAUUCGGACAAGCUGGUUCCUGAAAUAUGCAGCGACGCGCGCCUGAUCAUCUCUCGCUCACUCCAGACCCGCUUUUCAGCGGCCCCCGGAUUAAUCGACAACGUAUAUUACAUCCUCGGCUAUGCCGCUCUCACCCUGUGCGAUUACAAUCCCUCGGAUCCACAGAUUGAUCAGGUGCGGGCCUUCCUGCUCCACCUCGCUCCAAGCAGCGACCACUUGGCGUACCGGAUUGCCUGUAUUGUCGGGGAGGUCCAGCGUCGGUAUUCCGAAGCAGCCAGCGCAGACCAUGCCUCCCCGGGCGCAGAUGUUCUUAAGAACUCUAUAUUUGCAGUGCCGUCACACCCUCGAACAGAGAGCAUCGACCUGACGCAACUCAUCCCUGCGUCGGGCAUGGAGCCUCUCGUUGAUGGGUAUGCGUGCUUUGACCAGCUCAUCCCGACUGGCUAUGUACCCGCGCAACCGGCAUUCUCCGCGCCUACUAUGUUUCAACAGCAUCCCACACCAGUCCUUGGUGGUGCAAUGCCGAGCCUGGUGCCGCGGGCGCUUCAUGAUUUGUGA